CGUGAAUGGACAUAAAAACGGAAAGCGGGCGAGUAAACGCGCAUUAAAUUACAAUUAUUUUUUUGUUUUGUGUUUUUGAAAAAUAGUGAGAAAAAAUAUGAAAAUAAGUAAGGCAAUUACGCAAUUGUGAGUGUGCCAGGAGUGUUAAAAUGCCUAAUUGGUUUCCUUAAUAGAUAUUCACUUGAGAACGGAAAAUAUGGAGCUUGAAAUGAAAAAAUAAGAAAUUAAAUGCAUCAAAACAUUCGGUGCUACAAAAGCGCCGCCAUCCGUUCGCGAUAAAUCGCACAAAUAAUGAAGGCUACCAAGAGAUCGGUGUUUUCUUGGCCCUUUUUCUGAGGAUAUACGAAAAUAGAAAUUUUGUCGCCGUACGCAACUUCGUCUGCAUCGUCAGAGUCAUCGUCACGGCAAUUCGCAUCGUCUGCUUGUUCGUUUUAAUUUUGGCUGUCGCUGUCGUAGUACUCGUUGAUGCUUGCUUUACAUGUACAUAUGUAUGUAUGCUAUACGAGUAUUUUCGCGAUGGUACGUGCGGCCCCAUUUCAAAUCGCACGCGACCCCUUUUGCCGCGAGCAGUCCUUCAAAAGCUGAGUACGGGGAAAAAGUAAAAACUAAAUGCAUUUUUGUUGCAAAAAAUGCUCCAGUGUGUCGCAAACAUUUCUACAUGUGCAAUUAAAGUUAAACAAGAAACGUAAUAAAAGCACUGGAGUAGCGUCUUCCAACAACAAUAGCCAGCCUGUGCAGCAAGCCAAAGUGCAAUAAGAAGGUGUAAAAAUAGUCGCAAGCACACAAAUACAAUCAACACUUUUUAGCCCUUUUCAAAGUUCAUGUACGAGUAUGUCCAUAAGUGCGGCACGCGAAAGGAAGUAAGCAAAAACAACAACGACGCCGUCGCGUCCAACCGGAAGUUGUUCAUACUUGCGUAUGUAAGCGUGUUUGUGCUACGCGAAGCAGUUCCGAUUCUUGUAUCGCCGCAAGAAUUGUUGUUGCGUGUUGAUGGCAAAGUGAAUGACAGCAGUUCCGUUCAUUUGGUGCCUAAACAAAAAUGAUCGUGAAGAAAACUACGACAGAGUAUAAAUUUGUGAAGUGUAAGAAAAUAUUUAUGCUACUACAGGUGUGAAUAAUUAAGAAAAAUAAGAUAAAAAUAAAAAGGAAAUCACAAUAACACAAAUCGUGAAGUGUGAAGUAGUGAAUUUUGAAAAUCACAACUCCCAAUAAAGUGAAGGAAACGAACGUUUCGAAAAUGUUGCGCUCUAGACGUUCUAAGGAAAAGCCCUCCACUAUGCGUUCUGUGAAAAAACAAAUCGCUAACGAGAGAAUAAAAACUAAAAGACUUCGGUUGCCGCUUUUACUGCGCUAUCUGCAGCUAGUGAGCAUAAACUUUAUAUUCCUCACCGCCACACCCACACAUGCAGCUACAACUGCACGUACACAACUCAUGCACCAACAGCUGCGCAGCCUAUCCCCCGCGCAGCUGCUCAGAGAAUACUCCGAGACCCUAAUGCCGGCCAAUACAAGUCGAGCCGAUUUUAUCGAGUCCAGCAUCGACUCUUGGACAGCGCGCACUCUAGUUGCGGCGAAGAAGUUACAGCGGCUCGAACAGCAGCAGCAGCAACAGGCACUGCGUCAGCAACAUCGCGCACAAAAGCGCAAGAAGCAGCAGGAGGAGCAGCAGCAGCAGCAAAUGCAACAGCAACAGCAACAGCAACAGCAACAGCACUCGCAGCCAAACAAAUCACACAAGCAUGAAAAAUCGCGUAAACAACGCGAACACCACCAAACACAACAACAACGAAAGCAACAUAGACAAACACAUCAUCAAGCAACACGUCGUAAAACCAAAAGUGGUCUGGCCAUCGAGAGCAACAUAAAUAGUAAUGAAUUUGUUGCGGACAAUAUUGCGCUGGCAGAUGCCACAAAUGCUGCAGCAGUCAAGGCAACAACAUCGGCAUUCGCUGUCAACACAAACAAACGUGGCACGUCGACGCAACAGCAGAAGAAGAAAAAUGGCCGUAACGGCAACGGCAACGGCAACGGUGGUGGUGGUGGUGGUGGCGGUGGCAACUACAAUGGCGGUAGUCAUAAUGGACAUGGCAUCAGAGAUGUUGGAGGUGUCGGCGGCGGUCAACGCCAGAAAUUGCACAGAAACG